AUGGUUCGGCAGAAACGGAGAACUGAGGAUCGAGAGGAAGAAGAUCGGUUAGCAAAAAAAUUGUUUGGCAGCAGUGCUGGCUUUCCGGAUGGCUUUGAGGAUAGCGGUGAUGACGAUGACGAGGUGGAAGAAAUGUUUAAAGAAGAGAUAGAAGUUGGCAAGAAACCUGCUUGGCAGGAUGAAGAUGAUAUAGUUGAAGAGGCGGUUGUGGAAGUGCCACUGUAUCGGAGAAAAAUGCAAAUUAGAAAAGCAACUGAUGCUUUGAAUCAGAAAUUAACUCCAAAGGAAUAUGAGGGGCGAUUACGACAACUGUUUUGUCACAGUUCUGGUGCUGCUCCGGCGUGGUCUCAGUUUUCCUUAUGUGGAAAAAAGGAAACUCAACAUGCUGAAUCAGAUGACGACGAUCUGCAGGAUGCAGUACGCGAAAUAACUACGUUUACAGGAAAAUGUGUUACUGGCAGCAGGUCAUUAACAAAAAGUGUAAUUAGCGUUAAACGAGUGAAUAAUAUUACACAUGGACAUCGAUUUGGGAAGAAACCGAUGAGAGCGUUACAAUUUCAUCCAUCUCGUAAGGUGCUUAUGUGUGCUGGUGAGAAUGGUCUUCUCAGUCUUUUCGAGGUAGACUUACCAGAAACGGAAGAAGCUUUUCUGCAGAGUAUCCAUUUCAAAGCACUUCCAAUCACCAGUGCUUCCUUUACUGCAGAUGGUUCCAAAAUAAUCGUUGGCUCGAAAAAGAAGAAAUCUCUGUUUUGUUACGAUCUUAUGGAUGCUAAAGUGAUGCAGAUGAGAACUCCUUAUGAAAUGACGAAAAUGCACAUGGGGCGUUUUUCGCUAUCAUCUGAUGGCAAAUACAUAGCUGUUUUGGCAUAUAACGAAGUACACGUUUUAACUUCAGUGUCAUCGGAAUAUAUUGGCGUCUUGACGGCUUCAGCAAAAAUUGCUUCCGUACAGUUUUUCCCUAAUGAUUCAUCAACCAUUUUUACUCUGGAGGAAAAUGGACAGGUAUUAAUAUGGAAUAUCAGGAAGUUGAAAGAGCAACAAGCAUUUUACGACGAAGGUUCAGUUAAGGGGACAGUAAUACAAAUAAGUGAAAAUGGUCAAUACAUUGCCUGUGGAUCCAGUACAGGAAUUGUAAAUCUAUACGACUCUGCAGAUGUUCUGAAAAACUCGCUUCCAAGACCCGUAAAAGCGCUCGAUAAUCUUACAACAUCUAUUGAUUGUAUGGCAUUUAACAAUGAUUCGCAAAUCCUUUCGGUAUCUUCCAGUGUAAAAAACAACUCGAUUAGGCUGAUGCAUGUUGGGAGCCGAACUGUUUAUACAAAUUUCCCACCAAGAGCUGUGAGCCUUGGAAAAGUAACAGUGACUGACUUUUCACCAAAAAGUGCUUAUAUGGGUGUUGGUGACGACAAAGGCUUCCUCUCCCUAUUUCGACUUUCACAUUUUACUACUUAUUAA